AUGCAGGAACAGACCUGCAGGCUGCAGUUCGCAGUAUCAUCGACAGCACAUAGACGACACAAUUCUCCGGAUCGACUGAUGAUUAGCGUCCCAACCAUCGAUCCCCGGCACGGAGGACCAACCUGUCAUGUCGUGGUGGGAAGCGGGCAACGCAGUCAGCAUCGCCGCUGUUCCUGCAACACCCGGCGUUUUCAAGCCCCUUUUGCCGCGUUAGCGCUGCGUCUGGUGGGCAGUGGAGAAGCCCAACAAACGCGUGCCGACGCGCAAGAAUGCAGUUUUCGUUUCGGUCUGGCCAUAGGCAUCGUUUUGUGUCUUGAUUCAAGCAUAUGUGGUUAUGAAGUCUGUGUCUGCUAUGUAUCAUUCUUAACAUCCCAAGCUUUCCAUGUUGCCCAAUACACACACGUUUCAGCGUUGGCCGCGAUCAAUAAGUUUCAGAUCUGCCUGCGAACACCCAGGAAGCUACCUCCAUCAGCACCCGGAUUGUCAAUCUCGCGGGGACUGCCCUGGCCAGGCUCUUGUUUGACAGAACCACCCAAGGAUCUCCCUGUCUUUCUCCCUCUCAAUGACAACAGUGACAUGAACGUGGGGUAG